CUAAAGGAAGCAUUUGAGAUAACAUGGCAAAUAUCCAUCAAAAUCUGAUCACCUUAUUUCUAUGGAAAUUGAGGAGAGCGAACGACAAUCGAAAAUCAGCCGUACAUUUGUGUGUGGAUCAAAUAAUACAGAACAUGAAAUAAUUGUACCUGGAAAGUGGAUCGAAUCUAGCACGUUGGUGGAGUAUGAAGUCGUUGGGAAAAUUUGUUCAACGUACAAUUCGACUAACGCAUGCCAAAACUCCAAAACAUCGAAUGCAGCUUGUAUUUGGUGUGAAAGAAUCAACGUAUGCAUUGAUAGUAAUGAUGAGGAUACUCAUGACUUGAAAAUAAAUGAUUGCCGUAUCGAGAAAGUGAUUGCUGAUGUUCACGAAGAAACUAAACAGAACAAAUCAUCUCUGUACCUAUAUGUCAUCAUACCUCUAGCCAUCUGUUUCUGCCUUCUAUGUAUCGGUUUUCUUAUUGUGAUGGGAUUUCGUAGACGACAAAGAAGUUAUGAAUGAUUCCCAGAAACGUCCAAUAACUUAUUCUUAUUAUUCUGAUCAAGCUGUUUUUCACUGGAAAACUUUAGAUUUAAUUCUUUAUUUCAAUAAUUUGGAGAAUUUUUAUAUGAAACUGUUUACUUUCUUAUGCUUGUUCACGUAAUCACUGAUGUAAUCUGGUUCAUAAAGUAACAAAUGUGGUUUAUAAUUUUUGCAUAAUUAUGUUCAUUAAAUAGAAACUGAAAU